AUGUCCACCGUAAAACCUCCUUACGAUCCGGUCAAAACGGUUGAGGGUAUGUUCAAUGGCUCUGUCACGCGCAUUGCCUAUGUCAUGAAAGAUCCCCUCAACUACGCGCAAUCCACAAAAGCCGUCUUGGCCGAGACCGCAAAGAAAUUCCAGGAUGCUCUAGAUGAUUGUGAAAUCCAACUGUUGGACGCCAAAUGGUAUCUGGAACGGCAACUUGCUUUAAACAAGGAGCGUAGGGAAGCCAAAGCAAGAGAAGAGAAUGCCGCUGUCUCUGCGAAAAGAAAGCUCGACGACAUCAAAGACAGUCAAGACAAGACUCAAGACUCUUUACAAGACCAUGCCUCCAAGCGCGUAAAGACCGCCGAACCUGAGGAACCCUCCCAAGCCGUUCAAGCCGAACAGCAACCUCCCGCUACCACCGCCCCUACUACAUCCGCACCUCCCAUUACCCCCAAACAGCUCCCCAAACCUCUCGAAAAACCUGCCGUUCCGAAGCCCGCUGAUAAAGCUCAAACACAACCCGCCCCGCCUCCGGCAGGUACAAAUAGGAAACCAUCUUUAUCGAAAGAUAUCAAGGCCCAAUCAGCCGUCGCGCCCACAAAACCAAAGCCGCAGCAGAAACCUCCAGCGCCUAUCCAAGUCCCACCACCUGCACCCAUGUCUAUCUCGGAGCCAUUGACUACACAAUCAUUAACUCUAGAGGACUACCCAAGGGCAACGCCACAAGAUACACCGGCAGGCGGCAACGAAGAUUUCAAUUUUGUAUCCAUGUUUGGAGAACCAUCUGGAAAUGAGAUGAUCGACGGCGCCGGCGGAGACAUGGGCUUCGAUAUGGGUAUGGGUAAUGAAUUCGAUGUUGACCCGACAGCUGCGGCAGCCGCCCAAGAUUCGUCCUUGACUUCACUACUCCCCGGCCUAGAGUCUUACGCAAACCAAAGUGGAGAUGACAACAGUUUCAAUCUGGGCGGUAUCAAUAUGAAUGGGACGCAAGGAAUUGACACUCUGGAUUUUGGCGCAAACUCUCUUCAGCAGCAACCUCAAGCUCCUGCAGUGGGCGCCAAUAUGAGCGCAAACGACUUUGGACUUCCAACUUUGGGGCCAAAUGAGUUUGACGAGUUCCUCAAUGAUAACGAUAUGAAUUUCGAUGCUGUCGAUGAUGGCAUAAUGAAUAUGGACAAUAUGGAAAGCAUGGACAUCGACUUUGAUUCUAUGUUCAAGUAA